GAAAAAACAUGGUCUGUCUCAGAGGAAAAGACAUUAAUGAUAUCUAUUUGUGACAAACUUUUCAAAGAAAUAUUGUUGUCAGUUUUGAACAGAGUUACUGAUAUCGGAUAAUACAACCAGUGAAAUGCAGUAUCAGCAUCUUUAGGAAAACAUGAUUUUUAGGCUGUUGACCGCAGGCCUUAGUACUAUUUAUGGUCAUUGUAAGGCCCAUAAGCGCAGAUCAUAAGAAAAGAUAAUUUAAGUGUGUGAGGGUUGGAGGGAUGUUUGUCAGCUGAUUUACAAUACAUUGACAAAUGUGUGCUUUGAUAUUUUGUGUUAGCUCUAUUGUACCUAUUUUAAGAUCGAGACUAAUUCAACACGUUUUCUUUCUAGCUUCCGAUGGCUGACAACAUCCAACACGCCAGCUACAUGUAGAUAACGCUCCCAAUAACUCAAUAUUUCAUGCAUGAGACAUAUAGAAUAUUAAAAUGCAUUCAUAAGUCAUCUAUAUAAGGCUUUUAUUAAGGAAAAACAAAAUUAAAUUCUGAAAAUGACUAUUAUAAUCUUAAACCUUUUUCUGGGAAAAUACUCAAUAUAUUCCUUUUCCAAAGUGGUAAAAGUAAUUGUUUUGAACAAAUAUUAAGUAGGAACUAAAUGGUGCUUCAAGGUCAAGAUGGCCGUUUUAUAUUCUAGUCUAGGUUUCUCCAUAAGUGUGUGAAAGUGUGAUGGAUGCAAAGUGUGAGAUAUCAGUCAAAACAACACUAAUUCUAGACUUGUUUUAGGUUCUAGCGUGUAAUUACAGAAAUGUUGCGGUGAACCAGUCAAGGGGUUUUGGUAAAGCGGCAAAACUCCUGACCCCCAGGCAAGAACAUACCAGCAGAUUCUUCGGGAGAAAGAGCUUGCACAACAAGAGAAAGGACUGAAGGACCAGAUGCGGGAGAAAGCCAAGGCUGGUGAUCUGAAAGUCGUGAAUGGGAGCUCUGCUGCGAAACCGAGUGAAAAGAAACGUCGCUGGGACCAGCCCGCGGGCGGGGAUGAGCCCUUAAAGAAACGAGCCUCGACCUGGGACCAGGCUGAGACAGGCGGCACACCCUCACAUGGCAAGUGGGAUGAGACCCCUGGCAAAACUAAGGGCUCUGCAACCCCAGGAGCCACCCCUGGGGCUAGUACCCGAAUGUGGGAUUCCACCCCAGGACAUGCUACGCCAGGGGCUGUAACACCGGGUAGAGAGACUCCUGGGCAACAGCAGGCGACACCCAGUGCCCGUAGAAACAGAUGGGAUGAGACACCAAGAGCCUCAGAUACCCCUAGCCAUAUGACCCCUGGGGGUCAUCAAGCUGGAUGGGCUGAGACACCCAAAACUGACAGAGGGGGCGGGGAUCUUAUUGAAGACACACCCACCCCAGCAACCAACAAGCGCAGAUCUCGCUGGGAUGAGACCCCAGGAGCCCACACACCCUCCCAGAUGACUCCAGGGCAUAUGACCCCAAGCAUGACCCCUGGAGGCCAUACUCCCGGUGGUAUGACCCCUAGUGGUAUGAGUGGAAUGACGACACCCGGUGGAGGGACCCCCAGUGGCUUCACACCCGGAGGAAUGACACCUGGUGGGUUUACACCCAGUGGCUCAACCCCCACAGGAGCUAAAGCCAUGGCGAUGGCGACCCCCACUCCAGGUCACCUAAUGUCCAUGACCCCAGAACAGCUUCAGGCUUUUACCUGGCAGAGGGAGAUUGAUGAGAGAAAUAGGCCACUCAGUGAUGAGGAUCUGGAUGCCAUGUUUCCUCCAGGCUACAAGGUCUUACAACCACCGACUGGCUACAUCCCUAUCCGAACCCCUGCCCGGAAGCUGAUUGCCACCCCCACCCCCAUGGCGGGCACACCCCAGGGUUUCAGGAUGCAGACACCGGAUACCAAGACUUCAGUUGUUGAUAUGCAGCCCAAAGGUAAUCUGCCCAUGAUGAAACCGGACGACAUGCAGUACUUUGACAAGCUUCUACAGGAUGUGGAUGAGGAGGCGUUGACCCCGGAGGAACAGAAGGAGCGCCGCAUCAUGAAGCUGCUUCUCAAGAUCAAGAACGGAACACCGCCCAUGAGGAAGGCUGCUCUGCGUCAGGUGACAGACAAGGCUCGAGAGUUCGGUGCCGGUCCCCUGUUCAACCAGAUUCUGCCCCUUCUCAUGUCCCCUACACUGGAAGACCAAGAGAGACAUCUCCUUGUUAAGGUGAUCGACCGUAUCCUGUACAAAUUGGAUGACCUUGUUCGUCCGUAUGUCCACAAGAUUCUUGUGGUUAUUGAGCCUCUCCUUAUUGACGAGGACUACUACGCCCGUGUGGAGGGGAGAGAAAUCAUCUCUAACCUGGCAAAGGCUGCAGGUCUGGCAACCAUGAUCUCCACAAUGAGACCUGACAUUGACAACAUGGAUGAAUACGUCCGUAACACGACUGCUCGAGCCUUCGCUGUGGUCGCAUCAGCACUGGGAAUUCCUUCACUUCUGCCUUUCCUAAAGGCUGUGUGUAAGAGCAAGAAGUCCUGGCAGGCUCGCCACACAGGUAUCAAGAUUGUUCAACAGAUCGCUAUCCUCAUGGGCUGCGCUAUUCUGCCCCAUCUUAAAUCUCUUGUGGAAAUCAUAGAACACGGUCUAGUAGAUGAGCAACAGAAAGUGCGAACCAUCACAGCUCUGGCUUUGGCUGCCCUGGCUGAGGCAGCUACACCCUACGGUAUUGAGUCAUUUGACAGUGUUCUUAAACCUCUCUGGAAGGGUAUCAGGCAGCACAGAGGAAAGGGUCUUGCCGCGUUCUUGAAAGCGAUUGGUUACUUGAUUCCUCUUAUGGACGCAGAAUACGCAAACUACUACACAAGAGAAGUGAUGUUGAUCCUGAUCCGAGAGUUUCAAUCACCCGACGAAGAAAUGAAGAAAAUUGUGUUGAAGGUAGUGAAGCAGUGUUGUGCGACGGAUGGUGUGGAGCCACAGUACAUCAAGGACAACAUUCUCCCGCCAUUCUUCAAGCACUUCUGGAACCAGCGUAUGGCCCUCGAUCGCCGCAACUACCGACAGCUGGUGGAUACAACCGUGGAGAUCGCCAACAAAGUUGGGGCGGCGGAGAUUAUCGGCCGGGUUGUUGAUGACCUGAAAGACGAGGCUGAACAAUACAGGAAGAUGGUCAUGGAAACUAUUGAGAAGGUAAUGGCGAAUCUUGGAGCAGCAGAUGUAGAUUCCAGACUGGAAGAACAGCUGAUUGAUGGUAUACUGUAUGCCUUCCAGGAACAGACAACUGAGGAUGUAGUGAUGCUGAACGGUUUUGGCACUGUUGUGAAUGCCCUCGGAAAACGUGUGAAGCCUUACCUGCCCCAGAUUUGCGGUACGAUCCUGUGGCGACUCAACAAUAAGUCGGCCAAGGUGCGACAACAGGCGGCGGAUCUCAUCUCGCGCAUCGCCAUCGUUAUGAAGACGUGUCAGGAGGAGAAACUGAUGGGCCAUCUGGGUGUCGUACUAUACGAGUACCUUGGAGAAGAGUACCCCGAAGUGCUGGGCUCAAUUCUGGGCGCUUUGAAGUCCAUUGUGAACGUUAUCGGCAUGACGAAGAUGACGCCCCCUAUCAAGGAUCUCUUGCCCAGGCUUACACCCAUCCUGAAAAACAGGCACGAGAAAGUCCAAGAAAACUGUAUUGACCUGGUUGGGCGUAUAGCGGACCGAGGGGCGGAGUUCGUGUCAGCUCGGGAGUGGAUGAGGAUCUGUUUUGAGUUGCUGGAACUUUUGAAGGCACACAAGAAGGCAAUCAGGCGAGCCACAGUCAACACAUUUGGUUACAUCGCAAAGGCUAUUGGUCCACAUGAUGUACUAGCCACACUUCUCAACAAUCUUAAAGUACAGGAGCGUCAGAACCGUGUGUGCACCACUGUAGCCAUAGCUAUAGUUGCAGAAACGUGUUCUCCGUUCACAGUACUCCCUGCGUUAAUGAACGAGUACCGAGUGCCAGAGUUGAACGUCCAGAAUGGAGUACUUAAAUCCCUGUCGUUUAUGUUCGAGUAUAUCGGUGAAAUGGGGAAGGAUUAUAUUUAUGCUGUGACACCCUUGUUUGAGGAUGCCUUAAUGGACAGAGACCUUGUUCAUCGUCAGACCUCCAUGUCAGCAAUCCAGCACAUGGCCCUCGGUGUGUACGGUUUUGGGUGUGAAGAUGCGCUAGUCCACCUUAUGAAUUAUGUCUGGCCAAACGUCUUUGAAACCUCCCCUCAUGUUGUUCAGGCGUUUAUGGGCGCAAUAGAGGGCAUGCGGGUCGGUGUAGGCCCCUCUAAAAUAUUACAGUAUGCUUUACAGGGAUUAUUUCACCCUGCACGAAAGGUUCGAGAUGUUUACUGGAAGGUUUAUAAUACAAUUUAUAUUGGGGCCCAGGACGGCAUGAUUCCUGCAUUUCCCAGGGCACCAAAUGAUGCUAAAAAUAACUUCCUGCGAUACGAACUAGAUUACAUUUUGUAAACAUUCAUUUGUGCUAUGAAAAACUGUGAAAUCUGACAAUUAUGUGGCCUGUUUUUGUUAAGUGAUUUCUAUCUUUAACAACUUGUUCAAUAGAAAAUUAUCGCUGUUAUUUAAUUUCAUUGAAUAUAUAAUCAAGCAAGAUCAUUAAUUUCCAUUGUAAAAAAACAAUCAUGUACAUAAGUUUCAUGAAGAAAAUACAUGUUCAUUGAUAUCCAUUUUAGAAACAAUAUGUUUAUUAAAGUUAAUUUGAGAAAAUCAACAAGUUCAUAAGUUUCAUUUAUAAAAAAAAUCCAUCGAUUUCCAUUUAAAAAGCAGCAUGUUCAUUUUUUCAUUGGAAACGUCUUGUUCUUCGAUUUCAGUUUGAAAAUAUUAAAUUGAUUUUUAUUGUAAAUUGAAAUAACCUUAUUUAUCAUGUUCAUUAAUUCCCAUUAAAAGGAGACACAAUCAUUGAUCCAUUGAAAGUCAUUUUCAUUGAUUUCCAUUUUGUAAAAAAAAGGUUUGUUGAUUCCAUUUAAAGAAAAACUUAUUUAUUGAAAUUUUAAGUCAAUAACCUAUUGAAAAAAUAUAUUCAUGUAAAAAGUGAUGACAUUUAAGUGGAAGAAAUAUUGAAACUCCUCUUAUUUUGAGUUUGUGUAAAGCAUUCAGAAUAAAUGUGAAAGAAACCAAGAACCCUUCUCGACAGUGAGUAUAAAUGUAACAGAUACUUUGGUUUAGAAUCAUAAUGUGUAUGUUGUCUGCUGCAUGUUUGUAAAAACAUGAUGUUGAAAAAUGGUUGAAAAGGAUACAUGUGGAUAAGUGACUGUUUGAAUACAUGUGGAUAAGUUUGAUUUGACAUUUUGUAAUUAAAGAAGAAUAUUAAAGAAAAUAAAUUACUUCCUAGUUUAAAGAUUUUUUUGUAUAAAGAUUAGAAUAUCCAAUUUUGUUUUUCACUCAUAAUUGUCUUUGGUAUGCAUAGGAGUCAUUUAAUCACCCUUGGUUUCUGUUAAAACUGGCAAUGAUGCAUAAUUACAUUUUUUUCUUUUAUGAUGCCGGUGUCAAUUUAAGAUGAAUAAAAGUAUUUCAUUGUAA